AUGGAUGUCUUCUUCGGAGGCCUGGUGCCUGCUGAGCGCCAGCUUCGCCAGAUCUCCGGAGGCUAUAUUUGGGGUCAGGUGAUCCUACCUCCCGGAGCACUGCAGGAGCUGUUGCAGAGCAAGGCGCUAGAGGAGAGCAGCGCCUCCCUGCAGGAGGUGAUGGCGGCACCUUCAGGCCUUCGAUGGGCCAAGGCUGGCGGCAGGCUGGAGAGCAUCAACGAUGCGGCCGCGGCACUCUUCGGCGACGCCCAGCAGAAGCACUGGUACAGUCGCUAUCUCGGCUUGGCCGUCGAGAAGCUGAGCGAGUAG